CGUUGGAAGUCCAGACUAAGGGAAAGACGAGGACUUGGCCGAGGCUCUCCUGAAGAAGCACGAGGCCCUGAUGUCGGACCUGUCGGCUUACGGCAGCAGCAUCCAGGCCCUGAAGGAGCAGGCCCAGUCCUGCAGGGAUCUGAAGGCCAACGAGUCCCGCCUGAGGGACAUCAACAAGGUGGCAUCUGAACUGGAGUCAGAAGGUCUAAUGGCUGAGGAGGCUCCUAUGGUUCAGGCUCAGCAACAAGAACAUCUGGGUUAUGCUCCUGGAAAGGAUGAAGCCGACUCUAACACGGCGUCACCCUGGAAGACCGUACGGUUGGGCGUUCAGACGACGGCUAACUUUAAUUCCAUCAAGGUAAGAGGAAGCUCUUCCCUUCCUGUCUGAGCGAUCCGUCUCCAGGUUUCCUCGUCCGGCGUCCAGCCCGCUGGCGUCCACCUUCAUCUCAUCUCACUUCAUUUAUAGUGCAAUACUUUCACAUUAUCAUUUUCCCACACUUCUGUAUACCUGUAUUUUGUUGUUUUUCAAUAAAGAAUGACAAAUUA